CAUCUCUGUCCAAUACGAUGUACGCAUUACUUAAAUAUCAGUAGACGACAUGAUCAUCCAGACGAAACGAUAGAAUAAAUUAGUUCCGUUUGCUAUAGCCAUCGUUUCAUUCUUGAAAAUUUAGUGAAAUGGAGUUAAUUCAAUUAUUUGUCUUUAUCAGUGGGAUCGCCUUUUGUACCUGCAAUUUCACUGCUGAUGGAGAUGAAACAAAGGAGAAGCUUGCACAAGGUGAAAAGCGAUUGGGUGAUCAAAUUCGAUUAAUACUAAAACAUUAUCAGCAAUCGGAUCCUGUUGGACUUCCGGGAGCUCCUAUACCUGAUCCAAUGUCGGUUCCAGAUAUGAAACACUCGUUCUCGAUGUAUACUAUGAAUUUCAAAUCCACUAAAGUCUAUGGUCUCUCCAAAUUUCGCAUUCAGCAUGUACAAUCGGAAUUGGCUUUGAUGCAGGUAUCAGUUGCUUUGAAUAUUGAAACCCUUGACAUUCGAGGGCUUUAUACGCUUUCAUCUUGGUUAUCACGGUCAGCUGGAGAUUUCACUGUUAAAUUAAGUGGAGUGAAUGUACAAGGGGUGGCAAGAUUACAAGUAGGAACAGACGGGAAACUACAUGCACAAGAUAUUGAUAUGGAUUUAACCUUUGUUAACAUUGAUAUGGAUUUUAAAAACCUCGGUUUCCUAGGAGCAGUAUUCCAAAGUGUGAUAAAUUCUGUUGGAGCUUUCAUUUUUGACAGUAUCAAACCUUUUAUCUUAAAUGAAGUUAAUACUAAUAUAAGAGGCGAAGUAAACAAACAUAUAUCACAGUUACCGCAGUAUUUUCCUAACUCUAUUUCACCCUUCGACAUGGCAGUUGCUGAAGCGCGCAAACAAGUUUCUGAUAUGGGCUAUGAUCCGUUUAGAAUUAAGGAUUACUCACAGAGUGUGGGAAUUUUCACAGUUACGUCCAGUCACACUUGGCUCACUGGACUUGCUAGUUUUUAUCGCAUGGGCAACAUCACGCUUAGCAUGGUAAAUUCAACGGUUUAUGCUAUAAUAGAUGUGGGUACUCAAGAAAUUGAAGGAAGAUCUCAUUGGGAAGUAGGUGUUAUUGGUGGAUUCGUCUCAAGAUCAGGGACCGUUUUGUUUACGGUGCAAUAUUUACGUGUUCAAUUAACACUCAGUCAACCUGCAGAUACUCGAAAACGUGCUCGUCUAGAGGAACUUAAUCUAGAGCUUGGUAAUAUUCAGACAAGAAUUCACGGUGCUGGUACAUUGGAUUAUGUUAUGGAAGCUGGGAUAAACAUAUUGCCAAAUUUAUUGCGGUAUCAAAUUAUGGAUGCUAUCGAGGGGCCUAUCAAGCGACGGCUUCAAGAUGAGUUGGAUAAAGUGGACGUAGAAAAGCUGAUUCACGAGAAAAUUCCAGACAUUGAAGAGAAAGCGAGGUUUCUUCAAGGCAUCACACCAGCUGAAGACAUUAUCCUUGAAGAAUCAGUACCACCACAACCCCUAGACCAAAGUCCAUUUUCUGAAAGUGAAGAAGAACGUGGCCCGUCUUAGGAUUAAUGUACUUCUCUUAAGAUUUUCGUUACCUUAUGCCAAUGAAAUAACAAGUUAUGAGAAUUUUUUUUGAUACUUAGACAAAGAAAUUUCUUUGUAAUUGACUAAUUUUAUUAAUAUUUAAUAAAUAACCAUUUAUAGCAUA